CUUCUCUGCAACUCGUCCCUCCCUCAGCAAAGCAACCUCAUUAUCCUUAUGGCCCCUAGACAGUGCACACCUGUCCUCUCACAACUGCCAAAAACCUCAGUGCAGGACCUGCAGCGCCUCCAUAGUCGUGUUGAACGCCGCCGACGUAAACCACAGAACAAGAGGCCGCCUGAGUACUAUCAAAACCUCAUUAAGGAGCAUGAUAAGGUGAAGGCUGUGAUUCAGAAUGACUAUUCUGAUGCCACUAAGGACAAUGUUAGCAUUAUUCGGGGCAAAUUUAUACGCUUUUGCAAUGAUCAGCUUGGGACGAACUGGCGCAUUGUGAUCCAGGACUGUUCUCGGGGAACUGUACUGGGAUUCCUACGCCACAUUUACGAUAACGAUCGAGUGAACAAAAGGGGUGCGAUGCAGCAAUACCUAGCACAGUUUGGUAUGUUAUUCAACCAAGAGAAUGGUCACCUACUGGAUAGUAAUGAUAGGAAAGAAGCCCUGAAGUACUUGGACACGUUUGGGCUAGAUAAUACAGUCAAAUCGAAGCCUGUCCUAGGCGUGGAUGAUCUGCUCCUCCUACUUCAUUUCCAUUGGGCUCGUGAUACUUCUACCUUCCCCACCGAGCGGCACCGGGUGCAGUUCGCAUUCAUCCUCCUCCUCCUCUCUGGCACUGGAUGCCGGCCUGCUGAGCUUGUUGAUGCAACAAAGAAGAGAAAAGAGGGAGCCAGGCUUGGGGACAAAGAUCACGAAGCUGUUGAUGACAAUAUCCUAGCUGCUGAUAAGAGUGAUGACAAUUUUGGUACCGGAAGAAAUAAGGAUGUUGAUGGGCGUGAUGAGAACAACCUUACAGGCAUUAGUGAAGGUGGUGUUGAAAAGGAUGCCAGACGCUUCAACGCACUCUGCUACGAGGAUGUGCGUCUACUUAUCGUACGCAGUCCUAAUAGUGGAGAGCGGGAUGUACUUGCAAUGGAGGUCACUUUGGCUCAUCACAAAGGACACAAGAAGCGCCCAAAGCCUACUGUAUUCUUCUUCACUGAAGUCGACGAACCAAUCUGCUGUCCUAUCACACACCUCAUAUCACUUGCCCUUGCCGAUAAUGCCUUUGAAGCACCGAGCCUGUCAACUCCACAGCGGGUAUUCGAGCAUAAGACCAAGCUUAAGACACCUAUAUUCCGUCGCGAUGAGCAAACAGCCCUCACAUACCACCAAUUAAGGGACAGCCUCAUUCGCCUUGGGCGUGCAGCAGGCCUCAAGGAGACGCUGACUAGCUAUUGCUUCCGGCGUGGCACAGCUAAUGUUGUUGAUUCUACUGCCACAGAAGCUGUUCGGGAUCAGGUUAUGCGACACAAUGCGAAGUCAGCAGUGUUCAAUGGAGCUUACAUCAACGAGCGAGUAAGGUUUGAUGUCCAAUCUGCGGUCCUUGAGCGUCCCUCAGCAGAUGGCGUGCUUCGCAUGCUCACACACAUGAGCCUUAUGCGCGACCCCCGCGCCCCAGUUCAUGUCCCAGACGACGUCCUAGCUGCAUUCCCGCCUGAUCACCACAUUACUGCCCUUGAGCAGCAGCGAGAGCAGUUGAAAGUUGGGAUAUACCGAAUUCAAGGAAGAGAUGUUGAGGCAGAAGUUCGGCAACUGACAGCUGCAAUUGGUAGCGCUCGAAGCCGAUGGCGAAAGAUCAUAUCCGAAGAAUACCGAGCGGAUUACUUUCGCCGCCGCCCAACUGAAGAUAUUGAGAGGCAGAAUGGUGGACAAGAGGAGGAAUCAUAUGUAGAGCCAGUAAUUCAGCAUCAGAUCCCUGAAAGGAUGCAGCUUGCUGAGCUGAUGUGUACUCACAUCACAAAAAUCUCUGCCCAAGACGCCAUCCACCGCCGGAUUCAAGCUGCUGAGCUUAUGCAGGCUCUCUGUGACUGUCAGGAGGUAGCCCCACGAUACCAACUCCAGCCUCGGCUUCCACCACGCACAAUGUUUAAAGAAGAGUCCCCAGAGGUUGGUCCUCUGGCUCCUGUCAUCCCACUCGUUUGUGGUAAGAGCCAGUGCAUCUUCUGCAUUGGAGACGAAUCGAAGAGCUAUGAACAGCGGAAUUAUGUCAUAGUUAUUUAUGAAACCACUUUCUCUACAAGUAGCCACAUGAGCAGUCAAUAUUUCUUGUAA